CCCGGCACCCGCCUGACUUGGAGCUCCCCCAUCCAUGUUUCGCGCUCACGAAACAACAUAAAACAAGACGACGGCCCACCUCACAUCCCGCUCCAUCACCUUACUGUGGAUUGUUUUCCAACCAUCAGGGACUCGAAUCAGAGCGACUGCCACGUCAAAAAAUCAUCAACCACAAUGAACGGAUCCGAAGACCAAGGCCCGGGCGCUUCCAAGGGCAAGGCCCCCGGCUCCGGCAAUGGCGGCUUCCGGGCCCAGGCAAACAUGAAGGUCGAACCCCCCAAGCCCGAGGACCUGCAGCGCAGCUACGCCAGCGUCGUCGAGGAGGUUCACUAUCCGGGCUGGUAUGGCGCCAUGAUCAACUGCUUGGGCGAGAUUGUCGGCACCCUGGGAGCCAUUCCCUGCUGCAUCUGCUGCCCCAACCCCUUCAAGAAGGUCAACCAGGGCAACGUCGGCCUUGUCACCAAGUUCGGCCGCUUCUACAAGGCUGUCGACCCCGGCCUCGUCAAGAUCAACCCGCUGAGCGAGCAUCUGACGUCUGUUGACGUGAAGAUCCAAAUCGUCGAAGUCGGCCAGCAGACCUGCAUGACCAAGGACAAUGUGACUCUGCACCUGACAAGCGUCAUCUACUACCACAUCGUCUCACCCCACAAGGCCGCUUUCGGCAUUUCCAACAUCCGCCAGGCCCUGAUUGAGCGGACCCAGACGACCCUCCGCCACGUCGUGGGCGCUCGCGUGCUCCAGGACGUGAUUGAGCGCCGGGAGGAGGUUGCCCAGAGCAUCGGCGAGAUCAUCGAGGAUGUCGCCACCGGCUGGGGCGUCCAGGUCGAGAGCAUGCUCAUCAAGGACAUCAUCUUCAGCCAGGAGCUCCAGGAGUCGCUCUCCAUGGCCGCCCAGAGCAAGCGGAUCGGAGAGAGCAAGAUCAUUGCCGCCAGGGCAGAGGUCGAAGCCGCCAAGCUGAUGCGCCAGGCCGCCGACAUCCUGUCGUCGGCGCCGGCCAUGCAGAUCCGCUACCUCGAGGCGAUGCAGGCCAUGGCCAAGAGCGCCAACAGCAAGGUCAUCUUCCUGCCGGGCGCCAGCCAGACCAUGCCCAACUCGGCCGCCAUGAGCGCCGCCAUGGCCAACAACAGCGACCCCUUUGCCGAGGGCAGCAGCUCCGCCGAGCGCUCCGGUGGCGCCGAGUACGGCGGCGACCAGGGCUUCCAGCAGGCCAUGAACGCCCGGGUGAUUGAGAACAUCUGAGGGGAUUUUUGUUAGUGGAGGGGGGGCAGCAAGCAACCCCGACACUUGACCGCUCGUUGCACCACACACACACAACACACACACACACCCAUGCACCACUGCCGGUUUUAAUUUUCUCGACGGACAUAAUCUUUCACCGCCGUCUCCUUGAUUUGCGAUUCCCACCCAGCGCGCGCGCCCUCUUACCCGGGACCAAGCGAGCGGAUUUGUUUCCAACCCUUUUUUUUGAUACCA